CCAUUGAAACAAAACACAACACAGAACAUUAUCAAACAUUAUCAAAAUCCAACUCCAGCUUCUUCUACUGAUCUUUCACAAAUUGUGGCUAUGGUGAAACAACUAAAACUUAGGAACAAAAUCUUGAAGGUGCUGCCAAAAGCAGUUGCAGCAGUGACCAUGACAUUUCAAAACCCUCCGUUCAGCCCAGGAAGGGACCAUAAAUCGAAACCUAUCGUGUCCAUGAUACCACACGAAGCUAGAAGAAAAACCCACGAUAGAAAUGGCAUCGAUGGAGUUUAUUCUCAGGAACCCACUUCACCGAAAAUCUCCUGCAUGGGUCAGAUCAAGCACAAGAAGAAACAGAUAAAACAAGCCAAGACCAAGAGCGCGACCAGGCCAAAAGAAGUUGCUUGCAACAAAUCAUCGACUGCUUCAAGAGACACAGAGGUGAAGAAGCACGCUUCAACGUUUCAGAAGAUGUUAUUAUUCCACGCGGCGAAGCCAAAAUCCGAGGGAAGAAAGUCCAACGCGUCUGCUCCGGGAGAUAUUCGUGACAGGGAUGAUGGUCAUGGUGCGGCGGCACGUGCACCGCACGUGAGUCAGAUGAGAAGGUUCUCGAGUGGACGUGACGCUCUUGCUAAUUUUGAUUGGAGGGUGGCUCAGGCGGCGGCGGCGGCGGAUGAAGAGGAAAUUGAUUACUAUUCCGAUGACUAUAGAGUGGAGAGUAGUGACGGUGAAGAAGAGGAUGAAGAGGUUAUGAUACCUUUUUCUGCACCGAUUUUGGUUGGUGGUGGAGUUGGUGUGCUUAAUUUGAAACCACGGAAAGAAAUUAACCUGUGGAAGAGAAGAACCAUGGCUCCACCAAUGCCACUUCAGUUGCACGGGACAAACUGAUUGUUUUUGUUUUUUUCGUGACAGCAAAAUGCAAAAAGAUUGAUUUUUUCUUUCCAUUUUUCAGUUGGUUUUGAAACACUUUAUGUGAAGAUGAAUAGUUACUUACAGCCAAGUAAUGCAAUUGGCAAGGUGUUAUGGUAGACGAGUAUCGUAGUGUACAAAAAUAUAUCAUGGCAUCAAAAUUAUGAUCUUUACUCUAUUCCAAGUUGAAGUUCAUAGAGAACGAGAUUCAAACUGUAA